CUUACGGAAAAAGGAAAUAACAGAAAAAAAAAAAAAAAAAAAAGGGAUUAAAUCGCUUAGUCAGAGCAGCGUUCACGAUCACCCCACAAAGAAUGCAGUGAACUAAUUUCCUCACCAAACUAACGCAGAGAGAAAAGAAGGAGAAUCCAUGGCGGCAUCAAAGCUACAUGCUAUCUGGAAUCACCCAGCUGGACCUAAAACGAUUCACUUUUGGGCACCGACUUUUAAAUGGGGAAUUAGCAUAGCAAACAUUGCAGAUUUCUCUAAACCACCUGAAAAAAUUUCAUAUCCUCAGCAGAUAGCGGUUACUGCCACUGGGCUUAUAUGGUCGCGCUACAGCAUGGUAAUCACGCCGAAAAAUUGGAAUCUAUUUAGUGUAAACGUUGCAAUGGCCGCGACAGGCCUCUACCAACUCUCACGCAAAUUAAAGCAUGAUUACUUUUCUGAGGCAGAAGCUGCUGCUGCAAAGGAAUGAAGAUGAAAAUCUGCUAAAGUUCCUCUGGUUUCCUUCAGUGCAGAAGCCGGUUUGCCUUCUCGCCUUGCAAUUAGUUCAACAUUUUCAAUCUAUGAUUUAAGUUUGUAUCUCUCUGGAGCUUUCUACACUUUGGUAUUCUAUGAUGUAGAAAUUGUAGGCGGAUGUUGACUGUUGUGCUUGAAAGGCCAGAACAUUAUGAACAGGAAAAGUUAUUAAUUGACCAAAUAAAAUAUUUUUCAAAUCUCUUUUUGUUCUGUCA